AUGAAUGAAUCGUUGUUGAGCGGUAAUCGCUCUGUACUUCUAACAUCAACUAUUAUUAAUCGAGGUACAACAAGCAGAAUACCAGUUCGUGAACAAAUUUUAAUUGAUGCAUUUAAUACAUAUAUUCAAAUUGGUAUUGGUAGUCUAUUAUUUCUCUUUGGUCUUACAUUUAAUUGUUUAAGUUUAAUUUAUUUUCGUGCAUCACGUAGUUUUCGUAAUACAACAUUUCAACUUUAUUUUUCAAUUAUAUGUAUACUUGAUACAGUACGAUUAUUGGAAUUUCUUGUAUUUAUUCUAUUUGAUAAAGGCUAUCUUCAAGUAACAUUACCAUUAUGUCGUUGGGUAUUUUUUACUAUUAUGUUUACUGGACAGGCUAGUAUUUGGUUAACAGUUGCAUUAGCUGUAGAAAAAUGUAUUAUAAUAUGGUUUCCAAUAAAAGGUCGUUUAUGUUUUACAAUAUCAAUAUCAAAAAUUGUUCUUGUUGUCGUUUUAUUUCUUGUAUUAUUUGCAAAUGUUAUUUAUUUAUUACCAAAUUUCUUUUUACAUGCAUAUGCAAAUGUUUCAAUACAUACAUUUAUGUGUAUAUGGCAAACAGGCGCUCAAUCCAAAAAUAAAUAUGAUCAAUGGAAAAAACAUUAUUUUACAUUUAAUACAAUAUUUUUUCAUUCAAUUAUACCAUCCGUAUUAUUACUUGUAAUUAAUUGGUUAAUUUUAUAUAGUUUAUCACGACAACGAAUUGUUUUAUCAAAAAUUGGUUCAAUUGAUGCUCGACAUGUUUUAAAACGAGAAAAACAAUUUAAAGAAAAAACUAUACAACUUGUACUUUCAUCCUUCUUUGUGAUAUUUACUAUAUCACCAAGAUAUAUUUUAACUAUGGUUAAUGCAUUUGCAACUAAUUUAACUAAAACACCAUUAAUGCCAUUAUAUAUUUAUGUUAAUUUAAAUACUGUAUUUCGUGUUCUUGAAAUGAGCAAUUAUUCACUUAAUUUAAUGUUUGCUAUUGUUAGUGGUCGAACAUCACGUCGUGAAAUGCGUAAAUUACUUUGGGAAUGCUUCUUUUGGCGAAUUAAACGAAAGAGAGCUAGUCGUCAUGGAUCAAAAAUACAAACACAUUCAUUUCUAUUCGACGAUGAUGAUGAUACAGAUCAUUCAGUUGCAACAACAGCCAAUACACCUUAUUGUGCAUUGACAAUUCAUUCACAAAAUCGUUCAAAUUAUUUAUCUAGACAAAACAGUAAUAAUAAUACUUAUAAUAAUCUUCGAAAAUCUUCUAUUUUUACUUGUUGUGGUUUUUCAGUUAAUCUAUCCAAUAAACAAUCACUAUGUUCAUCGAAUGGUGAUCUAACAUCGCGUCGUUCAACAAUAUGUAAAUCAUCAACAAAUACAACGACGAAUAUAACGAAUAAUAAUAUUUAUAAUUCUCCUCGAAAAAUUCGUAAUAUUUCACAUUCACCUAGAUCAUUAUCAUCAUUUGAUCGUCAUCUACGACGACAACAGACAGUUUGUUAUACAUCAAAUAAUGACAAUAAUCAAUCAAUAAUUCGCCCACGUGCUUCAACAAUUGUAAAUUCUUUUAAAAAUUUACCAUCAGCAACUUUAACACCUGUUGUAAAUCCAACUAUAAUAUUAAGUACAGAUUCGACAUCUAUAUCGAAACAAGAAGAAGGAGAAGAAUGUUUACCUAUUGAAACAUUACCAUCUAAAACUUCCAAUUUAUCUUCACCUUCAAUAGAUAUAAACAAUGCAAAUAAAGACAAUAUUGAUUCUACAGUAUUUGUACAAAAUCAUUUAGAAAAAGAACCAUCACCAGCGUAUAUUGUUGAAACAUGUUAA